GCAAAGUACAAAAUUGAUACUUGUCAGAGAACACAUUCAUCACAGGUCGAGCUAAUAAAAAGGCAGACCAAGUUUCUUCCUUUGAAUAUGUAAAUAAUGACCUUUAUAUAUAUUUCAAAAUAACAUUCCUGCACCCAUGCUAUGAAUGUUACAUUCAAUGCCCUGCUUGUUCAUGCAAAAAGUGAUGAAAUUGUACAAUUCUAACAUAUUUUAUUAUCAAUUUUGUAACAUCACUGUGAUAAUACCAAAAGUUGUAACGAAUUAGAAUUUGCCCGAGUUGCAUUUGUAUGUCGAAGUUUAGAUUUAGAUUUAGACCUAUAUGUCAUUAUCCUCUUGAUUUUCACUUUUCUUAGCUUUCUUUCCCUUUCAUUUCCCAGUUUAUCCACUCACUCCUUUAUAUUCAACUCAACUGGCCUCUUCACUGUCACUGUAGAUUUAGAUACAUACAUGUACAAAUUGUCUUUUGUCACACCUCUCACUCUCGAUUCAGUCAUCACCCGAGGAACUUCCAUAACCAACAACCACUUUGAGACAGAGUAGAAUAGAGGGUUAGGUAUGUAAGGGUAGGUUUAGGGUCAGGGGUAGGGUAUGGGUUUGUGUUAGGGUUAGAUCUAGUUCUCUUCUUUAUUGUCUUUGUUUGUUCUUUAUUGUGCUCGUUACGAAGUCCGUCCCGAAUCAACAUCGAAUGAUUCUAAGUCAUUGUCAUCUCUGUCCUCAAGUUUAUUAAAGAAAAGUUCCCUGGUCUGAUGCCUAUGGGGUUAUUAGAUACCAGCUGAAACAUAGCUAGAACUAGAUUUGAGUGUGGCCAUCUUUCAUUUUUUGGUUCCACAAACAAGCCACACAAAAUAUUCCAACGAUUUCAACAUUCCACCCACUUACGUAGUUAUAGACACUAUAUUUCGUUGCAGUUGCAGAAAGUUUCUACUUUUGAGAUUUGUUUCAUCAAAACUUAAUAAAAUUAUGGAUCAAGCAUUUACGAACUAAAUAAAGUUGGUGCACAGCCGGUGCCGAUGUAUCGGUAAUGAGAGAAAAUGGUGCUGUCGCGCUGCCGCGGUAAUGGGCAAAGAAUGAAAUAAAGGAUUGAACAAGAGCUAAUCUGUGACUUGAGGCUUGCGUUGUCGAUCUGCUAAGUCUACCGGGGAACUGGUAGUAUGACCUGCUUGGACAUGCCCUGCACAACCUUGUUUGUUGACAAAACAAAGGAAAAAAAUAGACCUACCAAAUCAACAAGCAUCUCCAAAGAAAAGGAAAGGAAAGAUGGCUACUCCGGGCAGUCUUUCUGAACUGCUUAAAGAACAGGAAUGGAAACAAGCCCUGAAACCAGAAUUUUCUAAAGAUUAUUUCAAGAAUUUAGAAAUUUCUGUAAUGACGGAAUUUGACUCAGGCCCCGAUGUCCAAGUGUUUCCACCCAAAGAUCUCAUCUUCAAUGCUCUUGCUUUGACCCCAUUGAAAAAGGUGAAGGUUGUUCUUCUUGGACAAGAUCCUUAUCAUGAUGAUGGACAGGCAAUGGGCCUUGCGUUUUCCGUGCCCAAAGGUGUAAAGGUUCCACCCUCACUGAGGAAUAUUUACAAAGAAUUGUCAACAGAUAUCGCUGGAUUCAAAGACCCUGGACAUGGGUGUUUGGAGAAGUGGGCCAGGCAAGGUGUACUGUUGCUCAAUGCCACACUUACUGUUCAAGCUCAUGAGCCAAACUCACACAGCAAAUUUGGCUGGCAGACCUUCACUGAUGCAGUCAUCAAGACCGUUAGUGACAAAUGUCAAGGAGUUGUCUUUAUGCUGUGGGGCAAUUUUGCCCAUAAGAAAGAAAAGCUAGUAGACUCAAGUAAACACUCUGUGUUGAAGUUUGCCCAUCCCUCUCCUCUAAGCUUUGGUAAAUUCAAGGACUGCAAAUGCUUUUCUCAAGUUAAUUCCUCUCUGGCAGCUUAUGGAAAAGAGGAGAUUGACUGGACAUUGUAAUACUGUCCUCAGAGAAAUUCGCGCGCGCAACCCCCAAGUUGCGCACACAACUUUUGGCCUCAGCGCAACUUUUGCCAUUUUCGUGAAUUCGCGAAUUUUAGGCAAUUUUCUGCAAAAGUUGGAAAAAUAAUCAUUUAAUUUAGGUAAAAA